AUGGAAGUUAGAGCUGCUGUGAGGCUUGGACACUAUGGAAGUCUCGAAGACGCCUUGGCCCAUGCUUUGGAGGUGGAAGCUGCGAGACAAGACCAUCGGUGUCAUCAGGUCCGGAAGAUUGUGGCGGCACCUGUGUUUGACCGUUUUAAGGGGUACAGACCUAGAUGUUACGCCUGUGGCGAAAAGGGUCAUCUUCGGUCUAGUUGCCCUAAGCGCAGCAAAGGAGGUGUAAACGAGAGGCCACAGAAGAUUAGGGUAGCUAAUAGCACUGCCUACCAUCGCAGUGGAAAAUCCAAUGGAAACGCAGACGCACUUUCAAAAAGACCUUGUCCCGAAGACUGCAAGCACUGUGAAAAGCAAGAAGUAAAGGAGAGUAAAAAGUAA